AUGACUGUUUCCGACGACACCGUUGUGCUCAUUUCUGGCUUAGGAAUCGGACGCACGCUGGUAGAAACCUUUCUGCUUCGGCCAAAGCAUACUGUCAUUGGCAGCGUCCGCGACACAACCGCAGAGUAUGUGAAAGAGCUGGAAGGCCUACCCAAGGCAGAUGGCUCGCGUCUGCAACUGGUGAAGAUUGAAAGCCGCAACUCAGCCGAUCCAGCGGCAGCAGAUGUUGACGGCAACUCCUGCUUUGGAUAG